ACACUGCCGUGUAUAACGAGUCUAUAUCUUUCUCUCGCUCGCUCUUAUAAAGAAGGGGCGAAAAACUCGGAGUCGAAGCAGCAACACACACAGACACACGUAUAUACACAGAGAGCAGGGCAGCGGCAGCGAUCGAGAAAAGAGAGUGAGUGUCUCUCUGUCGAGCAGUGCCUAUGCGGCCUCCAAAGCGAUCGCCACGUUCGCCACUCCGCUCGUUCUCCGCUGCCACUACUACUGCCUUUCUAUUAGCAGCUUGUGUUGUUGUAUAUAAUACAUUGUGUGAAGUUAUCGGUCGUAAACGAGGCGCGUUAGACAGGCGCAUCUUCGUUCGAGAGUGAAAGUGUUGCUUUUGGCAUUGUAAUUACAAAAUUUAACGCGUAAUAUAUUUCGCGCACACGCGUCAUAUUUACGAAAUGAAGAUAUAACGACAACACCGGCUCGGCUGUAGCUGACAGUGUGCUCUGCUGCACAGUGCGCGACUCGUGCGUUAUUGUGAUUCUCCAUCGUACACACACACACACCUCGUCGUCGAAUAGAGGCAUGUCGAUCGAGUGUCGUUGUCGCUGUUCUCGUUCGUUGUUGUUCGUGUUGUUAUAGUGUGCAAAGAGCGAGAAAGAAAAAUCGCCGACCAAAAAUUUGAGAAAGGAAAAAGCAGCAGCGAGAGGAAAAAAUGACGUGCAAAAGUCGUAAGGCGUUGUCUUGGUCGAUCGGCGCGACGCUGAUGCUGUUGCUGAUCGUCGUCGGCCAGGUAGCCGAUGUAGCCGCCGCCGCCGCCGCGACGACGACGACGUCCGAUCGACGCGUCACUUGGAUGCGCGCCCAGGGCAUCUGCACCAAGCGCGACUGCGACUGCACCAUCAAUCCGCAAAAGUUGAUCUUCAUCAAGUGCACCUUCGGCGAUCAGAACUACGCCAUCGGACCAGGCUCGAUACCCGAGAACACGGCCGAGCUCGAGAUCUCGAAUCUCUACGACUUCAAGAUACGAGCCAACGCGUUCGUCAACAGCGCCAAGCUCACCCGCGUCCACCUCGCCGACAUCAAAUCUCUGCACAUCGAGAAGCAGGCCUUUCACAAUCUGAGCUCGGUGGACGCUCGACUGCAGCUCAGCGGCUGCAAGGAGUGCGAUCUGACCAUCGACAGUCAGGCGUUCAAGAACGCCCGAAGUCCGCUGACGAUCGACAUAGAGAGAUACAGACUGGUGGACAUCAAGCCCAACGCCUUCUCCUGGUUGAAAGAGAUCGGCGUGAGGGACGUGCAGAAUCUGCGCCUGUCCAGCAACGCGUUCAAAUUCGAGGCUGCCCAGCUCGCCGAGGAUGGACCAACGACCAAGAUUAUGUUCCAAGGCAUCUCGAACAUCCAAGAGCUACCCACCGCGGUGUUCCCUUCGACUCUGGCAGAGAUCCGCAUGGACAACGUGAGGAUAUCUUACUCGAUUCGCAAGGACGCCUUCUGCGCCAUGAACAUCAUGAAGGUGACCGUGAGCAACUCGUCGAUCUACGAGAUCGAGUCGGGGGCCUUCAGCGACCGAACGCUCAUUGGGAGCUUGGAAUUCGUCGACGUCAAGAUAGACAUCGUGAGAAACGAAGCUUUCCAGGCUGGAGCCAACGCUCUGCUCAUUGACCACUCCGAAAUCCAAAACAUGGAGAAAAACGCCAUCGUGAUGACGGUGGCGACGGCCACGCUGAGCUACACCAAGUUCUGCGACCUGCGCUACGGCUCGAUCGUCUUCCACCAAUGGAAUCGCAUCUACAUCGACAACAACAGCUUCUAUCGCAUCGCCGCGGACUCGAUCCACGCCGUGUUCGACGUGGCCAAAGCCUCGAGCCUCGAGUUCUCCUUCUCGGGCAAUUACAUCGGCGAGGCCGAGCCCAACUCGCUCUCGUUCGUCGGCAUUGCGCAGACCGUCAGCGUGGCGCGCGUCGGCAGCAAUCGCUUCAAUCGCAGCUGCUACUGCAACAUCGAGUCCUGGGUGAGGGAGCGGGUGGGCAGCAACGCCUCCGUCACCUGGAUCAUGGACUCGAGCUACUGCACCGUCGACAAGUUCCUCAGCAACUGCUACGAUCUGCCCGACAGCUAUCUCGGCAUGAGGAAUUACACGCAGACCAUCUGCACGCCCAGCGACAACAUCAAGUGCAACGAGGAGCCCGUCAACACGCACGCGAGCUCGGCCGCGGCGAGUCCGCCCAGCAUCGGGCCCCACCAGUAUCCCAAGCGCAAGGGCUUCUUCGACGUGGAGAUGAGCGACCCGGAGCAGCUCGAGCGCGAGAAGCGCAUCAUCAUCGUCGCCUGCAUCGUCGCCGUGUUCUCCCUCGUCCUCAUGAUCUUUGUCUUCGUCGCGCUGUACAUGCGCAGGCGCGGCGUCUGUCCCAAGUUGAGCUCGGGCCCGCUGAAUCCCAACACGUGGUUCGAGCCGACCAGCGGAAUGACCGCGGCGACCUCCGUGUCUCGUCUGAGCGUCCACGAGUACACCGGUCUGCAGCCAGAGACUCGGAUACUCGACAUGACCUCGCACGAGGAUCCGGAGGUCGACCUCGAGGCCGCCGCCGAAUCCAGCCACAGCUAUUCUUACCAGGAGAGCAAAGCGACUCAAACCUUGCCGGAGGAAUUGACCGAGGAGUAUCUCAGGGAGCUCAAGGAGCAGCUCAACGAUCCGCAAAACUACGCCCAAGCCAAGGGCAUGAUCGAGCAUCUCUACGACUUGAUCAAGGUCGAGGAGAGUUGCAACAACAAUAAUAACAAUAAAACCAACGCGGAGAACGGCGAGUCGUAUCACAACAACACGUCGAGGCAGAUAAGGAGAGACGCGUCCUUCGCCGGGCGACAGCCAUCCGUCACCGUGGGCACCAAAGUCCCAUCCCUCGACAAACUGAUCACGCCGAGCGUGGCUCGAUCGGCCAAGCCGGAACUAGCCGACUAUUGCGAGCCUCAAGACCGGCAGAUGGCCGAUCAGAAUCACCUGUACGCCGAAUUACCCGGCGACGACACGGUGCCCAGCACCAGCAGACUGUCCGAGCCGAUGCUGGCCUCGCUGGCCGGCCGAGCACCCCUGCCACUGCCGCCUGAUGUAAUCAACGACCUCAGCACCGAGUCCAACGGCGGCCUAGUCUACGGCAUCGAGGCGGACGAGAGCCGAUCGCUGCACAGCUCGCAGGAAAACAACACGACGAGCACGCCCAAGACCACGGACGGCAGGCGACCCAUGAGCUUCUUCAAGGCCCUGGGCGACACUUUCGCGGGACCGAAAAAAGUCAACGGCCGAAGGCCGAACUCGCUGCUGAGCGAGUACGCCGAUCCGUCGGACGUGACGUUACACCUGUACUCCGAGCUGCCGGACUCGAGGCAGUUAUCCAGCGGCGGCAGACCAGCCGGCACCACGAUGAAAAUGGUCAAUAGGCCGUUACCGACGAAACCCGAUCAGUAUGAAUCCGAGCCGAUGACCGUGAGAUCGUAGUGGUGGUAGCAGUGGUCGCCUCGCGUUAGACUAAUAUUAUAUACGAUCGGCGAGAACCCGAAUUUAUACUCCGACGAGAUUUCCCCAUAUAGUGCCAGUGAAGUUAAUAUUGUACGUAUAUGUAACUUUUCGGACAGACUGUUUCCCAUGUGAUUGUACAUUAUGUAAAAUUUUUGCCGGUAUCAAAUGCCGCCUAUACAGCGUGUGUAUAUGAUUUUAUACACGAAUAAGAGAAUUUUUUAAUAUUAAGGAUUAUUAAUUGCCUAGUUAAAUGAAUAUUAUAUGGGCGUGUACGGUGUAAGCUUAAAUAAUCGACGACUUGUAUAAUAUAUAUAAAUGAACCCACGCCCGUCACUGUGAUAUCGUAUCGUCGAUCGAUAAUUUAUACGAUUAUUCUUUUAAUUAUUAUUAUUAUUAUUAUUAUUAUUAUUAUAAAUGCAUGUGGUCGUACACGUACGCUACGAAGUGAAUUAGAAAUGCAUGUUGCGAAAGUGAGAAUUUUUUUUGUAUUUUAUUUGAAAAAUGAUCGCCGCGCAUUGCGCGUAAAGUACCUACUACUAUAACUUGUAUAAAUUGAAGAGAAAAAAAUUAAUCCAGCUAAAAUAUAAUGAGUCAUAAGUGUUCCAGCUUGAUAAUUCAACGAUGUACUUUAGCCUACGAUUAAUAAUUUAUUUUGAGCAAUUAUCAAAUCUUACGUAACACGAUAUUGUAUCAUAAUUGUAUAUGAAUUAUUUAACGUUGCGAUCGAGCAACAAACUGUUACAUUCUAAUACAUAGAAAGAUUAUAAGCUUUGCCUGAUAUAUGUAAUAUAUUAUUUUAUAAAACGAUAAAUACCAUAUUAUUGUUUCGAUGGACGCAAUUAAACGUACUAUUCAAAACUAA